CAAAUCUUCACGCGUCUCUUCCGCUCUCCCUCACUAUUUCCUUUCUUUUCUUCCUUCUUUUACAAUCACACGUCUUCUCUGCUCAUCAAUUUAACCCAGGUGAUAUAACCCUGAGCCUGGUAAAAGUUAAGCAUGAGAGGAAAGAAAAAGAAGCAGCAAAGUACAAAUUCAAGGCCAGCUCAAUUGCUGUCAUCAAGCAGUGGGUCUGAUGUCAGUGAUUCGUCUGGGACUGUUGCCACGAGAAGAAUUUCUGACAGGAUUACGAGGAAGUCCAGCAGUGGCUGUUUUGACAAACCAUUUGGCAAGAGACAGAGAUUCCCUCUUUUGACUGACUCGGCUUACGAUGGUGAUGAGGAGUCUGCCACAACCGAUUCCACCCCUGAGAAAUCUAUCCCUGAUGACCCGUAUGGCCUUGACCUAAUGGAAGACGUUCCCGUGGUGGUCGGAGGAGGGAAGAAAAAUUCCAAGAAAAACUCCCAGUCUCAAAAUAAACCCAAAACCAUGGCAAAGCGCACCAAGAAAGCCCCCGCCGCCCUUGCCCCCAUUGUCCCCACAAGUACGCCUGUUCUAGACACUGGAACUCACCACACCAAGCGUCGCUCUCUCAACAAGAAUUCUCCCUCAGCAACCCCUGAGGUCACCCCUAUUUUACCCGUCAGGUCUCCGCCCGAUUCCGGUAGAAGUUUUAACACGCCUCACAAUAGACGGUCCACUCGGAAACGGCCGUAUCAAGUGGACUCCGACACACCAAUGUUGCCAACACAUCUCAGCUGUAGCUCGCAAGGGGAUUCUGGGAUUGUCGUUUCUCCGCUGCCCAAAAAGCAUUCGGCUGUUGUCUCCAGCAAAGACUUGAACUACACAAAAGUAACCAAGUCCAAAAAGAAACAGACGGCGUCUCAUGCGGGCAAGAGGAAAAAUAAUGAAAAUUUAACGGCGUCUAUUGAAAUUAAUCCCAAACCUAAACGAAAAAGGAACGUGUUGUCUUUGAAGUCAACGUCUGAAACAGAAAACAUCAUCGGCAACAAAGACUCGCCUGAGAAUGUAAGACAAGAUUCCUCUUGCUUUGGAUUCACUUCCAUGGACUCCCCGGUCCAGUCCACCCCUAGUACCCCUCCUUCGAGCCGAAAAUACUCUAAAUUUGCCAAGCACAGCAAACCACGGACAGUGUUUCCCUCAGACAAGGAUUACCGUGUGGCAAAAGAGAUCUCUUUAUCAGACUCUCCGGGCGAUAGUGUGCUGAAAGGAGAUGGUCUGGAUAGCUCAGGGUCUCAAUUGUCUAAUCCGUGGAAUUCCGCUGGGCGCGGCUCUCCACCCCUCUUCUCUGAUGAAAUGUUCUCUACAGAAGCAGAUUCCUUAGAAGUGAACAAGUCUACCUACAAGCCUUACAAGCCAGUGAAGGUUAAGAAGAUUGUGAAACGGAACGUGUUGAAGACGUCCAAAAUGGAUGAGUGGGCUUCCAACUUCAACAUGGAGAUUGCAGAACUGGAGAAGUUUGAGCUGAACAUUGAGUGACGACGAUCAACAUCGGAGUGAUGCAGUUGUUUGUUUGUUUUUGGGGGGAGGGGGUGUUAGGAGUAUCAGGGAGCUGUCUGUUUCUUUUUAAAUACACAUGUUCUCUUACAGACUUUUAUGCAAGUUUAAGUUGGCGAGGUUAUACCAUGUGUAGUGGAGUCCACUUAAACUGAAAUCUGCAGGACCUCCAGAUUUUCUUUUCAGUCCAGCUGUGUUUUUGGGCUUACAUAGCUGCCACUUUUCCGCUAAAUAGCGGAAACUCCGCUUAAUCUAGCUUUUCCCGCUACUUUCCUCCUUCCUUCGCUGGACCGCUCUCGGCCGCAAAUUGCAAUACUUUUUUUUACACACGGAAAACACCGAACCGGGAGAGAGACGAAAACGCAGCUUGUGCAUGGCGCAUGUCCGCCAGUAGCUUUCUACUUCCGUUCUUCUAGGCCUAGCGCUAGUUUCACUUUGUUUAUUGUGGAGCAACGAAGUGUCGA